AUGUUUGCACCAGCCUGUGGUGAAAGCUGUGGGGAGGAUUGUGCCAAGGGUACUGUUGCCUCCUUGGGCUUGAUGGCAGGGCAUACGGUGAAGCAGGUGCAGCAAGCCUUGAAUGUGAAUCCCGAGACCGCCGAUGUGUGCAUCGGGGGUUGCCGGUUGCCGGAGACGGAAGAUGUCAAGCUGGAGGCUUUGGAUCUUGAUCUCAAGGGAAGUGUCGAGGUCUUUGUCUGCCCGCGGGUGACUUUUGGCGAGGAGCUUUUGUGCUGCCCCGAUGCUGUGCUGCGCCAUCAGCCCAAAGCCAAGCUGGGCUUGGAGAGGUUCCUGACGCUCUGGAUCCUCCUUGCUGCUGGCGCCGGGGUUCUGCUGGGCUACUACACAGGCCUUGACAAAGUGAUCGAAGGUAUGAAGGUUGGCAACACGAACCUGCUUUCAGCAAUAGGCAUGAUAGCCAUGUUGCUACCUCCAUUUGCAGCCGUGAAGUACGACGAGUUCGCCUCCGCCGUGAAGCGAAUUCCAAGACGCAUCGCAGUCCAGAGCCUGAUCAUGAACUGGAUUGUGGGGCCCUUCUUGAUGUUGGGCCUGGGACUGCUAACUCUAUCCAAGCAUCCCGACUUGCUUCAAGGAGUCGUCUUCAUCGGUGCUGCGCGAUGCAUUGCAAUGGUGUUGGUAUGGACAUCCCUGGCAGAAGGAGACAGCUUCCUGUGCGUUUCGCUAGUGCUCAUGAACUCCUUGAUCACCAUUGUUGGCUAUGCUCCGACCGUGACCUUGCUUGCGCUGGUGGGGCAGGCCGCCGGCGUCAACAUCGAGGGCUCCGUGGGCUUCUUAACCGUCUUCAUAAAUGUGGCUAUCUACUUGGGCAUCCCUCUGGCCAUUGGGGUGCUCAUGUGGUGCUUGGGACGCAGGCAUGACUGGUACAGGAGCAAGUUCUUGCCGCGCUUUGCGCCGGUGGGCCUUGUUUCCUUGUUGGCUGUGGUUUUCCUCAUGUUCUGCGAGAUGGCCAAGCCACUACUCAAUGGCCAGGUGAGCAUCACGGAUGUCCUCUUCGCGAUCAUCCCGCUGCUGCUCUACUUCAGUGUGAUGUUUGCCCUUUCCUGGAUUGUCUCGCGCAUCAUGCGGCUGCAGUUCCCGGAGACGGUGACCCUGGCCUUCACAGGUGCCAGCAACAACUUCGAGUUAGCGCUGGCAUCGUGCACGGCGAUCUUUGGAACAAGCUCCAACCAAGCCAUCGCAACAGUUCUGGGCCCGCUGAUUGAGAUUCCAGUGAUGCUCUUGAUGGUGAGGGUCUCCGCAUGCCUUCGAUAUGAGCAGAGGCAGAAGGAGCUCUGCCAAGUAGCUGAAGAUGCCGCACUUUUGAUCGCCACGAAUCUGGCGAUGCCAGCGACUCCCGCAUUCGCAGCUGAAGCGAUUCAAAGCAUUACCACCAAGCUCUCCGACUUUGAGAAGCAGGGCAUCUCCAAGGUGAUGCGCAUUCCCUUCGGACCCCAGGGCGCCCAAAAGUGGGAACUGCAAGCAGAGCGCAACGGAGAAGGCCAAAGCCAAGGACAAGGACAAAGUCAGCCCUCGGCGUCUUCAGCUCCGCCAUCGAGCAGCCAGCGCGCUGCACUCCCGGAGGUUCGGCUGGCGGAGGCGGGUGACAUCGGAUUUGGCCAGGAGGACAUUCUCAUGGAGGCGGCCGCCAGCGUUCCCGGCAAGCAUGUGGAGCUCUUCCGGAAGCUCCAGGCCAAGUGGCAGUGCUACGACGCCUAUGCCCGGAUCUCGAUGGCCCUUGGGGUGAACCAGAUGAUCCAGUCCGUGAACUACUUCGUGGUUGGCUACACGAUGAUCCAGACCUGCUCCCCCAGCAAUGGCUACGCUGCCACGAUCAUCUUCCAGGGAUGUACAUUUGGUUUGGCCUUCCUGGACAUUGCCGGGCUGCGAUCCUGGAAGAUCUUCGCACUGCAGAUAGUCGGAGCGCUGCCCAUGCUGAUCCUCGUGGCCAUGCUAACCGUGGCCAAUCGGGGACGAGAAGGGAGCGCGCCCAUCGCCCCCCUGUGUCCGGCGUUCUACGCCUCGCCUCUCUGUGCCUACUUCGAGGCCUUGUGGCUGGAGCUCUUCAUGCUAACAGCCAAGCCCUCCGAUGACGAAGCUUCCCUUCCCAGAAGGUUCCGCACGGUGCUGUUCCUGGAUGUUUUUGGCGACGCAGCUUUCGACCCGACGGAGGCGGAGCAUGCGGCGGUGACAGCAGGCGUGGACGGGAAGAUGGAGGAACUCCGCGACGAUGCAACGAAGCGUGAGGUGCAGCAGAGGCAGGCGGCCAAGGCUGGCUUCGCCCUCCAGGCGGCGCAGGGAGCGCUUAGAUGCUGGGAGGCCGUUCCACAGGAGCUCCUGACCGGCGUGCAGGCGUCGCAGCUCCAGAACCUCCGGCAGGAGUACAGCAUGUGGAGGGAGCGCUACCACGGCUGCUACUCGAAGAUGAAGUCUCGAAGGGGAGUGCCCUACGACUCGGCCCAGCAGGACGCUCGAGCAUUGCGCCGAUGGGACGAGCUGACUCCCGCAGAACAGGAGGCAGACGAGUUCUACCAGGCGCUGGUCGGACCUCUACAGCGGAGAGCCGAUGCCUCACAGUCCCAGUACUACGAUGUGUCGCGCGGAUGCUCAGUGUGGACGGCACCCCCCGGGGUGACGAUCCUGGACAUGCAGACGACCUCGUACAGGGUGCAAGAGGCGGAGUACGAUGUGCAGAUGCUGUUGGACAUCGAGCGUGGCGAUCUGAAGUUAACAGACGAGAAGGACGACGGUCUUCAGACGCCCGCCGGGGUGUUCCGAAAGAAGAGGGCAGGUCAUCACCGACUUCCAUGGAAGUCGGUAGCCGGGCGGUGUUUUGGGGUUUGGGGUUCAGGGCUUCAGGUUCGGGUGUUAGAGUCCAAGGGCAAAAGGAGGGACCCUUAA